UCAAAUGUGCCGGCGUCCCGAGUGCAGCAACAGUGCGAAGGAGGUCCGACGUCUUUACUGAGCUGCUGAACCCUUUCUGGCAGAAUGUGGCGCGUGAGUUUUUUUUCGAUGGCUCUGGCCCUCAGUCUCGUACCCGGGACUGCCGCGGCUCUGAAAGAGGGCGAAUGUGAAGUGUGCGUCACCUUCCUCGGGAAGUUCUACGAGUCGCUGAAGGAGGACGGUGUCCGAUUUAACACUGACGACAUCAAGAAGGCGCUCGUGAAGAGCUGCAGUGACGCCACGGGCAAAGACAACCGAUUCUGUUACUACAUCGGAGUGACGAGCGGCGUAACCAGAAUGAUCAACGAGGUGACAAGGCUGCUCAGCGCCGAAUUACCAGUGGAGAGCAUCUGCAAGAGGCUGAAGAUAAUGGACCCUCAGAUCUGCGACCUCAAAUACACUACUACUUCCUCUUCCUCCCUCUAAACAGCAGGGGUCAGUGUCUUGUAUGCUUGGCAUAUUCUAAAAUACUACUAUUGAUUCCCAGGAAGAUACUCAAUACCACAGAGAUUAAAAGUGACAAAUACUUAAAUAGACAUGGAAACACUUAUUUUUAUGAAAAAAAAAAGAAGCACAGCACCACUAUACACAUUACAUAUGUAAAAUAAAAACAUGAAAUUAUAACACUUAAAGUAACAACGUGUAGUAUUUGGACAUAAAUAGAUGAUUUUCAGAUUUAGAAUAGAAUAGAAUAGAAUAGCCUUUAUUGUCCUUGUACAGUGUACAACGAAAUUUGAGCGCUACUCCCUUGGUGCAAACAAUGUACAAAAGAAUAUAUAAAAGAAAACAAUCAAGCAUGCACUAAAAAUUAAAUAAAAAGUAUAUACACAAGUAGCAGCAGUAAAAGAGCGUAAUGAUAGAAAGUGGCCUUCUCCCCGGAGUCAGUCUCACCAGCACUCUGUUAAACGCUGCCUUGUAGUAUGUAACUUUCUGUGGGUGAGCCGCCCAAGGCGUGUUCUGAGAGUGGCGUCACAGCCCCAACUCCACCCCCACCGCAACACUUUAUGGCAAAAGGGCAGGGCUGAGUUCAAUUUACACCAUGGCAGAUGCAAGAGUUCGUAGUGAGGAGUCCAUGAAGAGAACGCGUGAAACCGACAGAGGAAGAUCUCGGACAAGAGUCAAUAUAGAUGCAUUCACAUCCUGGCGAGAACUGAGAGCUACCAAAGGAUUUUCUUCCGAUUCUGAAGUGCCGAUGUUUCUACUCAACUAGUAAGUCAAUUUUGUGUUCACUGCUGUCUCUGUUGUGUUGACAAAUCAUGAAACAAAUGUCUAUAUGCUUGUUGUUUGUAUAUAAGUGUAGUGUGUAUAUAUAUAUAUGUUUGCUGCGAAACAGAUGAACUGUGACAGAAAAAAAAAAGUCACUUCACUGUCAUUUGCAGUGUUUAUGGUCCAUCUGGUUUGGACAAGUGUAACGUGAUGUCUCAUGUUCUGUCUGUAGCUGCUGCAGUUGAGUCCUCUGAUCUGCAGACCUGCUCGGUGCUGCUGAGAGACGCGACCAGCGCAACAUUUCAUCAUCCCUGACGGUUGUUCUGUUGGAACUGAUUGAAGAAAAAUAGUUUCUAACUCUGACAUCUGUGUCCACAGUCAACUCGAAAUAAACGUGUGA